AUAAAACAUUUUCUUACAGGUAUCAGAACCCAGCAAUGAACUCAACUCUGAAUGGGGAGAAUUCCAGGACACAGAAAACGAGACCCUUUCAAGACCUAGACGUGAUACAGAAAACUCAACAGUCAACCCAUCAGACACUAGCCUCGGCCCUAAAAACGCAAACGUGAUAAACAAUAUCAAACUAGUAGGUUUUAGAAUUGAAGAGUCUGAGAAGGAACCUAAGAUUGUGGAUGAGAUGAUACCUAGUGUGUUAAGAAAUACUAACUUUCAAUUGAGGCUGUUUGGAGAGAAUUUUGUUAAGGGUAUGGAAAUUGCGUUUACACAUACUAAGUCUGCGUACGGUGAUGAGUGUGUGCACUUAUUGGAUGAGACUUAUAAGGUAGAAGUGGAUACCGAAGAAAACGCCUUCAUAUCCCUGAAAGCGCCUUACCCCGCAGACACGCCCGAAGGCCACAAAUUCUACUUCUGUGUUAGAGACUCCCCCUCACGCCCUUUUAAGCACCAAGGCAGUGACACUUGGAAGAUACUUGGCACCCACCACAAAUUGCUACCUCUCUGGGUUUCUAUCAUCUUGAUCAUUAUCCUACUAUUACUAGCUUCACUGUUCUCAGGCUUGAACUUAGGUCUGAUGGCUUUAGAUAGAACGGAACUAAAAAUCAUAGCGAAUACGGGUACAGAGAAGGAAAGGAAAUACGCAAGAGCGAUCAUGCCUGUCAGAGCGCAUGGAAACUAUCUCCUCUGCACGAUUUUGCUGAGUAACGUUGCUGUUAAUAGCACUUUUACAGUGAUUCUGGAUGACUUGACGUCUGGGUUGGUGGCUGUUAUAGGAUCAACGCUGGCUAUCGUGUUUAUAGCUGAGAUUACGCCGCAAGCUGUUUGCGCUAGGCACGGAUUGUUUGUUGGUGCUAAGAGUAUUUGGAUUAUGAAGAUUGUGAUGGGUAUUUGUGCCCCACUGGCGUGGCCGACGAGUAAGCUCUUAGACUACUUCCUAGGCGAAGAGAUAGGCACACAUUACAACAGGGAAAGGCUAAAGGAGUUAGUCAAGGUGACCAAUCACGUGAAUGACCUGGACAAGGAGGAGGUGAACAUCAUCUCCGGAGCCCUGGACCUGCGGAAGAAGAAGGUUCAGGACGUGAUGACCAAGCUGGAUGACUGUUUCAUGCUGCCCAUCACCAGCGUGCUGGACUUUGAGACCAUGUCCGAGAUUGUCAAGUCUGGCUACUCCCGCAUCCCGGUGUACGAAGGCCACCGCGGCAACAUCGUGACGGUGCUGUUCAUCAAGGACCUGGCCUUCGUGGACCCCGACGACAACACGCCGCUGCGGACCCUCGCGCAGUACUACCAGAACCCCUGCAACUUCGUCUUUGAGGAUGUCACGCUUGAUGUCAUGUUGAAACAAUUUAAAGAAGGUCACAAGGGUCACAUGGCGUUCGUCCAACGCAUCGACCGGUCUGGCGACGGCGACCCGGUCUACCAGACCGUCGGUCUCGUGACGCUUGAAGACGUCAUCGAGGAGAUGAUACAAGCGGAGAUCGUCGAUGAGAGUGACGUCAUCACUGACAAUCGCACCAAGAAGCGUCUAGCGCGCCCGCUGAACCGCUUCCAAGACCUGGCUGCCUUCGCGGGCCAUCAGCCCCACCGCGUCCACGUGUCUCCACAGCUGGUGCUGGCUACCUUCCAGUUCCUCUCCACCAGCGUGGAUCCGUUCCGUCCAGAGAUGAUCUCGGAGACGGUGCUCCGGAGACUGCUGAAGCAGGACGUGGUGAAGCAUAUUAAGCUGCGAGGAGACGAGGAUAGGAACGACCCGAAGGCCUACGUCUUCCAAGAGGGCAGACCGGUGGACUACUUCGUAUUAAUCCUAGAAGGUCGCGUGGAGGUGACUGUGGGACGAGAAAACCUCGUGUUCGAAGCUGGACCCUUCACGUAUUUCGGUAUACAGGCGCUAACGCAGAACAUCGGCGUCGCUGAGCCCCAAUCCCCGUCGGCGCUGGGGUCCCUCCAGAACCUGAACAUGGACAGCAUGUUGCGGCACACUUUCGUUCCCGACUACUCGGUCCGAGCCAUAGCCGAUGUGUACUACCUAACGAUUAAACGUUCGAUGUACCUGGCAGCGAAGCGCGCCACUCUGAUGGAGAAGGGAGCGCUCACGAAGGGCAACACCAACGAACAAAUCGAGCCAGAAGUUGACAAGUUACUUCGUGACGAGGGCAGAACCGAGUCUCUCAGGGAAACGGACGCGCCACCUCAACCUCAGGAGCCCUCGUUGGCUAGCCCCGCGACCUCCAACCAGAAGGAGAACCCAGAAGAGGAAGCUCUACUCAAGAAAUAGACGUCGCGCCGACCUCAAUGUAACAGGCAGAUAUACUAGCUCACAUUU